AGUUUAACGUCAACGUCGGCGGCAUCAAGACAAUAUACACACAACAACACAAGCCAAGCCAUAUCAAAAGAAUCAACAAAUUUCAAAAAAAAAAAAAAAAAAAAAAAAAAAAAGAAAAGAAAACACACAAAUUUAGAGACGGAGAACCAGAAAAAGGAAUAUUAAGCACACACAAUUUCCUGAAGCGAUCAGAUCAAGGAACGAGAACGGAAACAAUAACGAAAACGAAAAGAUCGAGAUUAAUGUUAGCGAGUUUGAAGACGCGAGUGAACGUGCGGAACGAAGCGAAACGAAACGGAACAAAACGGGACGAAGCGAAAAGAAACGCUGCGUAACGGGAUCUGCCUUUGUGUUUUUGUUGUUGUGCCAUAACCUUUAAGUGAGAGUGUCAAGAGCAAGAUCGCCCGAUUUUUAAACGGAACGAGAUGCAGAAGCGUCUUCCCGAGGUGUGAGCCUGUGUGUGUGUGUGUGAGUGUGUGUGUGUGUGAGGUGUCCGUCCGUAUGAGUGUGUGAGUGUGCCUCAAUUGCCUCCGUUCCGAAAACCAAAAAACCGAAAUCCGCCAUCCAGCAUCCACCAUCCAGUAUCCAGUAUCCAGCAUCCACCCACCACCACCCGUGAACGCCUCAACGUGCCAUUGUGGAACUGGAUCUUUAGCGCAAAUUGAGACAGCGACAACUCUCGCCGUCUCACUUAAGUCGGGCCAAAGCCGAAUCAUAAAGAAAAGCAAAGAAAAGCAGAGAAAAGAAAAGAAAAGAAAAAGAGGAAUAAAGCCAAAGGAGAAAAAAGAGAAUAAAUCAGUGAAGAGAAGUGAAGAGAAGAGAAGCAUAAAGAAAAGAAAGGCGCACACACGGCGAAGGAAGGAAAAGGAAAGGAGAGGAAGGAAAAGAGAAAAUCAACACCAUUGAAGUGCGGAUUGGGUUGGGAUUGGGAUUGAGAUUGAGAUUGAGAUUGCGCUUCAUACAACGGCGCAUCGCAGUUUACGAGUGUCCAUCACCACUACAACACCGUGCAGCAAUGGAAGACGAUUGGGGUCUUAGCAGCUCUACGGAUGGAAAUUGCACUCAGCCCGCCAUCGAUGACUUUCCCAGAGACCUGUUCUCGGAGGCGCAAAGACAGUCCGGUGCUGUUGUACUUCAUGUUAUAGCCAGUUUAUAUUUAUUCGUAGCCUUAGCCGUAGUGUGUGAUGAGUACUUUGUGCCAGCAGUUGAGAAAAUAUGUGCAGCACUCAACAUGUCCAACGAUGUGGCGGGGGCCACGUUCAUGGCCGCGGCCACCUCCGCCCCGGAGCUCUUCGUCAACGUGAUAGGCACCUUCAUCACGGAGGGCGAUAUCGGAGUGGGCACGAUUGUCGGAUCGGCCGUCUUUAACAUCCUGGCGGUGGCCGCCUGUUGCGGCAUCGGAGCUGGCAUGACCAUACCCCUGGACUGGUGGCCACUGACGCGGGACAGCAUCGCCUACGGGGUCACAGUGGCCAUCCUCAUCUGUGUGAUGCACGACGAGCGCGUCGAGUGGUACGAGGCCCUCAUCCUGGUUUCCCUGUACGCGGUCUAUUUGGCGGUCAUGUAUUUCGACAAGACCUUCCAAAAGUGCGCCAAGGGUGGCGUUAAACAGGCGCGUUCGCGCAGCCGGUCCUCCAACUGCAGCAUACACACAAAGAACAGCAAUGAGAAGGAACCAGAGCUCGUGGAGAAUCGCAUUUGCCAGAACAUGGCCAACAUCCAGCUGAACGGAGGACUCAACAAUGACCAGGCCAAGGCCGCUGGCACCGCCACCACUUCCAUCACCACCUCGACCAUUACCACCUCCAGUGCAGGAGGAGCAGGAGCCGGAGCAGGAGCAGGUGGUGGAGGCGGAGGCGGAGGAGGAGCAGGUGGUAACGCUCCAGGAACUGGAGCCAUUGCUCAGAUGGCACCGCUCGAUGGUGGCGAGGCAGAGGCCCAGCUGACUGCGGCUGCCGCUGGCGAGGAUCGCGACGAGGAGGGCUACUCCCUGCUCACCUACCCGAAGGACAAGAGCUGCUUCGCCCAGUUCACCUGGCUCAUCAUCUGGCCCAUCCACCUGCUCUUCCGCAUCGCCAUCCCCGACUGCAAGAAGGCCAAGAACAACAAGAUCUUCCCGCUGACAUUCAUCAUGUGCAUCGUCUGGAUCGGAUCGCUGUCCUAUGUGGUUGCGUGGAUGAUAACCAUCAUUGGUGACACUCUCAAGAUACCCGACUCGGUGAUGGGGAUUACGUUUUUGGCGGCUGGGACCAGUGUUCCCGAAGCGGUGUCCAGUGUGAUUGUGGCGAAGCGCGGCCACGGAUCGAUGGGGAUCUGCAACUCGAUCGGUUCGAACACCUUCGACAUCCUGCUGUGCUUGGGCGUGCCCUGGCUGAUCAAGGCCGUCUUCUUCCCCAUUAAGCCGGGCCAGAACUACGUGGCCAUCAACUCGCACGGACUGGAGUACUCGGCGAUCACCCUGCUGUCGACGCUCUUUCUGCUCUACCUGACCUUCUCCACGAACAAGUUCAAGCUGGACAAAAAGGUGGGCACCGCCUGCCUGGUGAUGUAUCUGGUCUUCAUGGUCUUCGCCACCCUCAUCGAACUCAAUGUGUUCUUUGCCGUCAAUCGGCCCACCUGUGGCCGAUCAUGAGAUGGAAAUGUAUGGACUGGGUGUGGAAGUGGCAGUGAGAGUUUGGAGCUUGGAGCUUGGAGCUUGGAGCUUGGAGAUUGCAGAUUGCAGAUUGCAGAUUGAAGUUGUGUGGAUGAAUGGACGAUGGACGAUGGACGAUGUACGAUUCUGGAUGAACAUAAAUGGAGGAAGGAAUGGCGGCCAUCGAGUGCUGGUGGUUCCGCUUUCCAAACCAUUUGUUCCGGCAGCUGGCUGGAAUCAAGGCCGAGUGCAGUCGUUUAAUUAAUUAAUAUGUAUUUUCUGUUCUAUUCUAUCUACCUUGAUAGUUGAGUUACGUUAUACGUUAUGCUGUUAUUGUAAUAAUACUUUUUUUUUAUUAUUAUUAUUAUUAUUAAAGUAGACUCUUUCACACGACCUUCGGUUGAAAACCAAAAGACAAAUGCAAAUAGAUGAGAAAAGAUGAGAAGAAAAUGAAAAGAAAAAAACGGAGCGGAGCGAAGGGAGAAACAAAAACCAAACCAAAACCAAAACCAAAACCAAAAAAAUUCAAUAAUGUAUUUAUAUGAUUAAUAUAUAUGAGAUUUAACAAAGAA